UGGAGCUCCUAGUUCGAAGUGGGAAAUUUCAUUUUAACGACCCUCUAAAUCGUAAUUACAGGGAAACUCGGAGAAAUGUUUGUUACCUGAGGUGUGACGUUUCACCACCUACCAUUUACCUUUUCAACCAAACUAUGACAACCAAUCCUUUGUUGACAAUUACAACCCCCUAUGUACAGGAUACUACCUCUCUUAUGAUUUAUGCCGCGUUCUGAUUCGUUGAACUCUGCACUUGUAUAACUACAACCAGUUAACAAAUCGAAAAAAAUAUUCGGUUUUAGUUAUGACUAGCACAUGAAAGCAGCAUCCGUUUAUUAUAGACGCGUCAACAAGCAGGUGUGCUUACAAGAGCAGCAUAUUCGUUUCACUCCUUUUUACCAUCUGAAACAGACUUCGGAAGAAAAAAAACGCAUUGGCUACACAAUGAGCAGAUUAAUGUACAAGGCAAAGUGUGUAUUAACAUUUGCAUUAUGUGCCUUUGUGCUGCUCUUCGUAGCCUACUUCACACCUACAUCAGUAAGGUAUUUGGAGGGGUUCCUUCCCAUGAGCCGAUGUCCUCAAGCCCCUGCAGAGAAGCUGAAGCUGGGGAACAGUAUAGAUGCCUCCCUAGACCUCUGGUCCAGAAGUGAUGUUCAGACCUGCACUGACUGGGGAGCACCUGUGAUCUGGGAUGGGAUGUUUGACCCAGAUCAUUACGACCAGGAACACAGGAAAAAACACUCAUCUGUCUCUCUCACUGUAUUCGCUGUGGGCAGGUAUCUAGAUGCCUACCUGAAGGCAUUCCUCCUCUCUGCUGAGCGUCACUUUAUGGUGGCUUUACCUGUGACAUACUAUGUGUUCACGGACGUUCCCGAGAGGGUACCAGACAUCCAUCUUGGUCCUAGGCGUAGCCUGAAAGUUGUGAGGGUGCAGAGACACUCUCGCUGGCAGGACAUCUCCAUGAUGCGUAUGAGGGCCAUCGCAGAUGCCAUCGAGUCACAGAUUCGUCACCACAGCCACUACGUCUUCUGCUUUGACGUGGACCAGGUGUUUGUGGGUCGGUUCGGCUCCGAGGCUCUGGGAGACUCUGUUGCUCUGCUCCACGCCUACUACUACCACCGACCACAGAGCCUGUACACCUAUGACCGCAACCCCAGGUCCAGGGCCUACAUGGAGACUGGGGACUUCUACUAUCAUGCUGCUGUGUUCGGAGGCUCGUGGCGAACUGUGAAGAAUAUGACGGAGACCUGUUACCAGGCCAUCAUGGAGGACAAGGAGAACCAGGUGGAGGCUCUGUGGCAUGACGAGAGUCACCUCAACAAGUACCUGUGGCUCCAUAAGCCCAGCAAAGUGCUGUCUCCAGAGUACUGCUGGGACAGGAACAUUGGCUACCGUGGUGACAUACAUGUGGCCCGCCUGCUCUGGUCAGAGAAGAAAUAUGACACACUCCGGGUUACAUAGUGAGUAAUCAGAACCUGUGUGCAAUAAUCUAAUGAGCAAAAGCCCCUGAAGCUUCAAACAUGGUCCACAGUACGCAGCUGCGAUAGUCUACAGCCCAAUGUUAUUUAUGCCCAUGCCUUGUUCAAAGCAAUGAGGCUUGUAAAUGUGUCACAGUGGGCUGUCAUACUAUUAGAACUGUGGAAUCUUUGGCUUGUGUGUUGAAACGGGAUGUUGCUAGAAGUGCGUUUCUUGGUUCUCCUGUGUCGCUUCCGUUGUCUGGCGGUAUUGUCUCUCCACCCACUGCUGUCUGUGGCUGGCUGGGAUUGAACAAAUGGGGAAAUAGCCUAUGCUUGCACUGCUUCUUUUGUAUGGUUUAUAAUUGUGGAAUAGAAGUAAAAAUCUGUUUUAUAAAGUUGUAUUAGAUAUUGGAACUUGUUUUUAUAUAUUUUUUUUACAA